AAAAAAAAGGUUGCCUUCCCUUUCGAUUACUUUUUCUUCUACUGAGUCCGAGUCUCAACAAUGGAAUCACUCCUCUCACUCUUGCCGUUUGCCUUCAUUUGCCUACUAUUUCCUCCCGGUAACUCCUUCACGGUCAUAAUGUCCGAUUCCGGGGGCCCCUCGGCCCUAGUGGAUGCGCCGCAGAACAGACUCUCCACGGGCAACAAUCUAAUCCGGACGGACUCCCAGGAGCAGGAGGCUGUCUACGACAUCAUGAGGGCCACUGGCAACGAGUGGGCCACGGAGAUCCCCGACGUGUGCCGGGGCCGGUGGCACGGGAUCGAGUGCAUGCCUGACAAGGAUAAUGUGUACCAUAUUGUCUCCCUCUCGUUCGGAGCAUUGUCCGAUGACACUGCGUUUCCGACUUGUGAUCCGACCCGGUCGCACAUCUCUUAUUCCAUCACCAAGCUACCACACCUUCGGACGUUGUUCUUUUACCGUUGUUUCACUUCCCAUCCCCAGCCAAUCCCUGCGUUCCUCGGGCAACUGGGGUCCUCGCUGCAGACUCUAGUGCUCAGGGAAAACGGGCACUUCGGUCCGAUUCCUAGCGAACUCGGGAACCUGACCCGAUUACGGGUCCUCGAUCUCCACAAGAACAACCUGAACGGUUCGAUUCCGAUCUCUCUGAACCGAAUUGCGGGUCUGAGGUCCCUAGACUUAAGCGGCAAUAGACUGGACGGUUCAAUACCCGGUUUUACCUUCCCUCUACUUACUGUCAUCGACCUGAAUCAGAACCUCCUCGCGGGUCCAAUCCCCGACGAGGUGGGAUCGUGUCGCUCCUUGAUCAAGCUCGACUUCAGCCGCAACCGCCUAACGGGUGUGAUACCCGACUCAAUUGGCAACCUCACAGACCUAAUCUUAAUGGACCUGAGCCACAAUCGACUGUUGGGCCAGAUCCCGAGCUCAGUCCGCAACCUGGUGGCCCUCCAGGCGUUGAUAUUGAAAGGGAACCCAAUGGGGCCCCAGAUGGUCAUACCCGAUAGCGGAUUCGAUGGCCUGAAAUCCUUGAUGAUCCUCGUCAUGUCCGGUAUGAACCUGCACGGGUCGAUCCCGGAGGUCCUAGCUCGACUGGAGAGCCUAAGGGUGCUCCACCUCGACCGGAACCGCUUGAACGGGCCAAUCCCGACCGCCUUCAAGAACCUAAAGAACCUUUCCGAGCUGAGAUUGAAUGACAAUCUGCUCACCGGCCCAAUUCCCUUCGGCAGAGAGGUGUUGUGGAGGAUGAAGAGGAAACUCAGGCUUUACAACAAUUCCGGGCUUUGCUUUGACUCGAGUAACGGGCUUGAAGAUGACUGGACGGACAGCUAUGGGCCGAGUAUUGGGCUUUGUAAAUCUAUGGGCUCUGGGCCUGCAACAACAGUUCAACGUGUGUCUGAAAGCUAUGGAGAUGUUGGGCCCGGAAAAGAGUAUCUCCCUUCAUCAUCUACUACGACCAUUGCCAAGCGGUUGUUUUCUCUUGGGUUGAUUCAAUUCUCAGCAUUUUUGUUGCUCAAUUCAGUUUUGUUAUAAGGAAGGAUGCUUCUUGAGUAAGGGUCCAUGUAUAUAAUCUUUAAUUAUACGCGGUUUUCAAUUUUACUAAGCAUAAUAUUAAUAGAGAAGAUUAAGGAGC